UGGAGGAAGGCUGGUGGGAGGGCACUCUCAACGGGAGAACGGGGAUGUUCCCUUCCAACUUCAUCAGGGAACUGCCCCUGGAGUCUGACGACCUCACCCCUCAGGAGGAGGCCAGGAGCACCAGAACAAGCGUGAAGGACAGCACGGGCUCAGAAAGCGACGGCGGCGACUCCAGCAGCACCAAGUCAGAUGGCGGCAGCGGCUCCCUCUACACCAGGAUCCAGCCCAAGAAGGUGAAGGGCUUCGGGUUCGGGGAUAUCUUCAAGGAUCAGCCCAUCAAGCUGCGCCCCCGCUCCAUGGACAUCGACAGCGAGCUCGGCCUCCAGGAGAAACAGCAAGUGGCCAAGAAGGUGCCCUCUGCCGGCGCACCCCAGGAAGCUCCGGCGAGAUCCGAACCCGACUCCAAGGCGAAGGCAAAGGAGUAUUGCAAGGUAAUAUUUCCAUACGAAGCACAAAAUGAAGACGAGCUGACGAUCAAAGAAGGAGACAUUGUUGCCAUCGUCAGUAAGGAGUGUGGGGAUGCCGGGUGGUGGCUCGGGGAGCUGUACGGAAGGCAAGGAGUGUUCCCGGACAACUUCGUGAAGCUGCUCGCGCCCGAUGUUGAAAAAGAGAGACCCAAGAAACCCCCGCCUCCUGCAGCUCCAGUGGGUAAACACAGCACAGACAAAAAGCCUGAAGUUAAAAAGGUACCCCCGGAUCGGCCCGAGUCCCUCCCGCACAGAGGAGAGGAGAAAGGUACGGCGCUGUCUUUGUCUCUCUGGGAAGGUUGUGUGACACACCCCCAUCGCCACUCUGAGCACUGUGUCACUGUGGCCGGGAGGCAGCACACCCAUGCGCCAGUGUCCCUCGUUCUGUCUGUCUUCCAUAGCUCAUCUCAGUCUCAGCCCCAGCUCUGGGAGAGCUGCUCACCUGCCUGUUUCCACGCACACUUCAACAGCCUGCCUGAUAUUGAGGACUUUGACUCCAUAGUGUCAACUGCUGAGAAGCUCAACCACCCCACGGCGUCCAGGCCCCGCGUGACCGACCGAAGGCCCCGAUCUCAGAUCUUCACCUCUUCCUCUCUCUCCAGCCCUGACCUCCUGGACUCCCCCAGCCCCGAGGAAGACAGGAAGGAGAAGGAGGAGCAGGACUCGCCCUCUCCGAAAGCACUGGACACGGGCAGGAAGGCUCCCAAGCCAGUCCCUGUUUUGCCAGUCCCCGAAAGCAAAACCCCUUUGCCCCCCAAACCAGGAGCGCCCCCUUCGUCUUCCGGCGCCGGCAACGCGGCCUCCUCCCUGCACCCGGGGGGCCCCGCCGUGGCCCCGCGGCCCCCCUCCCCCUUGCCCUUCGGCGCCGAUGCCAAGCCAAAGAACGACCACGCCUCCCCAGGGGCCCCUCCCACCAUGGAGGAGCUGCGCUCCCAGCUGCGGGACCUGCGGGGCGUCAUCGAGCUCAUGAAGACCCAGCACAAAAAAGAGAUUAAGCAGCUGAUGAAUGAACUGGAUGAGGAGAAGAAAAUUCGCUUAUCAUUACAGAUGGAGGUAGAGCACAUAAAGAAAGUACUUCACUCGAAGUGAGCACAGCAGCGAUGGACGCGUUGCAUCACAGUACAAGCCUGAGACUCGUGCUUAUGCCACAGCCAAAUUAGUUUCGUGCCAAAAAAGAGAGCGAACUUUUUCUCAAGUGUUCCUGUCUUCCCCUCUGUUCCGAUCUGAUUAAGACCCGUGUUAGUGUAAUGCAUGAGCACACGGAGGUGAGUUACAGAGUGGCAGCAGCGGGGGGGGGGCAGGGUCCCCCGUCCCUAUGGAACUGUGCUGCAGCGGAUGCGGUUGCCAUGGUGAUUGUAUCCAUCUGGAGAUCAAUGACAGAGGGUGGACACGGCCCACAAUGCCCUUCUGGUACUAUUUUGACACUUUUUUUUUUUGCAUUAAUAAAAAGAUAAACUAGA